GUAGUUAUUUGAGAAUUCAAUUGUGGUCAUGGGGGAGACAGACUAUUCAGAAAUUGAUUUGGAAUCCUCAACCCAUAAACAAAUGCAACCAGAGAAGAAGAUCAGCCAGUAUAGAGUUAUAGCUGUUGUGUUUUUUAUGCUGUUCAUUGUCUGUCUCAUCCUACUCAUGUGUGCUGUAUUUUUCAAAUUUGGUUGUCAAGCAUACAAUGAUGGUGUCAAAAGAACAGUCAGAACUUCUGAAAUGAAAUUCUUUCAUGUUUCUGAUAUUCACUUGGAUCUCAAUUAUAACCAGUCUAUCAGCAGUGCUUCCUAUUGUCGCUCCUUGGUCAACAAAACAGUGGAGAAAGCACCUUUUGAUGCCCCUUAUGGUCGAGUUGGCUGCGAUAUUCCUUAUUCUUUGUUGAAUUCAUCUCUGAGUUUCAUGAGGACUGUGUCAGCUAGAGAACGUGGCAAUAUCAAGUUCUUUCUUUUGACAGGUGACUAUGUAGCACACGACAUUGAAAAAAGCAAGGGUCUAAAUGGUACUGCAGAGGAGAGAAUCUUGAAGAAUAUCAAAGCUGUUAGCGAAGAACUUGGAAAAGCAUUUCCGGAUUUGCCAAUUUUACCGUCGUUUGGCAAUCACGAUCUUCCUGGAUAUUACGUCCUUCCUAACGGAUCAGCUCUCUACGAGAAAGUCUUGACCAUGUGGCAACCGUUGAUUUUAUGCAAGAAAUGCUCAACAAAAGUGACUACUGAAGAUGAGCUGAAAAAAACAUUUCUAAUGGGAGGGUACUACAAAGCUGAAAUCAAAAGUGCUAAAUUGACGCUGCUGCAGCUGAAUUCUAACUACUGGGUAACAUCGAGCCUAAGUGGACAGCCUCUGCUGGUAGCCAAUGCUCAGAUGAAAUGGCUGGCAGAUCAGUUGAAAGAUGCGAAAAGCGGCGGGAAUAGGGUGGUCAUUUCAGGUCAUAUUCCAAUCGGGAUAUUUGGUGGUGUAAAGUCGGAUAAUUAUUGGAUUAAAAAAUACGCAAAUACGUACAUCGAACUUGUAACAAAGACGUACAAGGAUAUCGUGAUUGGUCAACUAUAUGGGCACACGCACUUUGACGAUAUGAGACUACAACUGCUCAACGAUAAAGUUGAUGACGUCAUGGAUAGUGAAUCUUCAUUCCUCCUCACUGCACCAGGCAUUACACCAGUGAUGUUCAAUAACCCAGGCUUUCGUAUAUUUUCUUUUGACACCAACAAACGAAUGUUGGCUGACUAUCAUCAAUACUACAUGGAUCUCGUUUUGACAACUCAGACGAAAAUUCCAACAUGGCUGUUUGAUUACUCGUUCAGCGAUAAAUACAUGAGUCAUUUACCGGAAGGCAAGAGUUUUAUAAAUGGCAAGCUGAUUUCUGACAUAGUGGAGAGCUUCGUAAAUCGAACUAACGAAAACAGGCAUUGGCAGAAUUACAUUCAACAUCGCCAAGUCAAUUACCAACCUGAUCCAUACUCGAGAUACGUGUUAUAUUGUUCAGCCAAGCACGUGACCAAGACUGUAUUCGAUGAAUGUGUGAAGAAACAUCCUGUUACUGGCGGAUAAAGUCAUCUACAUAAAAUAACGUUGUCAUGUACGGUGCCUGCCAAAAAUACUUGGAACACCCAGCAGUUUGCGUUUUAUUUUAUAUCUUUCAUUUCUUUCCAAAAAGUCACUACUUCCAAUAAUCUUCUUCCCAGAAUGUUGUAGUUUUAAAAAAAUAUCAAACAAGUAGCGCAAAAGGAGAUAUGUACUCUCAAAUCUUUUACGCUGUUUUUAGUCAACCAACGUUAUUCCCAGAGAGAGAGGGAAAUGGCUUAACUUGAUCUUGAAAACUGAUGUCGGACUUUUGGCAGGCAUUGUACAUACACAGAGAGGUUAACAAAACAUUCACACCAGUCAUAUAUGGCCUACAUGGACAAAGAAACCAUUGCACAGUGAGGCACCAGAAAGCACACACCAUUAUAAAUGAUCUAAGAUACGCACCACUAAAUCAACGUGUAAACAUUGACUUUUAACUAAACUUCAUUUCUAUAUUGAUGUUUAUCGCAGAGUUUCUAUGUGUACAAUAAUAUCAAGUCGAUUAUUUUCUAUGCAACUUCGCAAAACAUUCAUUCACCUUUUUAUGUUUAUUUGAAAUUUAAGGACUUUUUUAUAUAAUGGCUUAACUAUUAUUGCUAGCUAGCAUUAAAGGAUUUAUUAAAAUAUCAUUUUGGAGGAUUC